AGUCAUUGUUUUUUAUCAUCUCACCAUUCUCUGCGCUAUAUCUCAGCGAGUUCUUCAUGCCAUCUUUACCGUCGAUCCAACUGCGGACGAGUUCCAUCAAAUUCUGCUUUUAGUAAACCCUAAUCUUCCAUGUUUUAUAAUCGAAUUUUCCUUCUGCUAUUGAUGUUUUAAUUUUAGUUUCCUGUUUUUUAUUUCAAUUAUUUGUCAUCCGGAUUGGAUGGGUUGCUGCUGCCCUUGUCUUUGAUUCUGUGUUGUUUCUUGUUGAAUUGUUUGAUUCCUUUGGUAAUUUGACUUUCUCUUUGUUGAGGCUAUACUUGGUUUGAUUCGGGUUAGGGUUUGUUUCGGAAUUGGGGAUCUGCUUAUUUGGAUGGAUUUGGUCUUUUUUAUUUUAUUUUAUUUUAUUAUUAUUUUUAUUUGUAAUUAUUAUCCAUUUAUGUUCAAUUGUUAAUCAGGGUGGAAAUUAAACGGGUUUAUGAUCAGAAUUUAGGCAUCAGAAUCUAUAUCGGCUAAUUUUCCUUAUACUGCCUGAAGUUCAGCCUUGUUUUGGUUUCACUUAGAAUUUUGAUAGUAAGGGUGACGCUUUAAACUUGCUUCUAUUUUUAUAGAACAUCGUAAUUAUGUGGGGUUGGGUGGGUUUCUUAGAAUUUAUUCCCCAAAUCUAAUUGAAUCGGAUGUUUUUUUAUUGAUGGGAAAAAGGGGGUUUAAGGGUUACCAGGAGGGAUCAUCAGAUGGUUGAUGUUAUUGUGGUUGCCUCCCGUGCCUUUUUAAACUUGUACAGACAAAAGGGGAUGUCGUUGCUUUUGCAUCUCCGCUCCCUUUUUUCAUAUCAAAAAAGUUUGAUGGAUGGGGCAUUGCCUUUGGAAUCCGAAGAAUGUGGGUUUGAAUCUUCCUUAGGAGAGUGAUUUUUUCGAUCUUCACAUAUGCCUAAUUUUUUGGUUCGGAAAGUUGUUUGUUGAUUCUGCAUUGUUAUGGUUUCUUGUUUGUGUUGACACGAUUUUGGCUGGGUUGGAGGGUUGGUAGAAAGACAAUUGGCUAGGAUUUUUGUGUAAAUAUAUUUGGAUGUUUUAUUUGAGUUUUCAAUUUUGGAACCUGAUAUUUGUUUGAAUGGGUGUUCUUAUUAUGGAAAUACCAAUAGUUGUUGAAAUAGUUUUCUUUUUUGUAGUUGUUUUUUUUCCUUAGAAAUUGGGACUUUGUAUUUAUAACCAUCAAAUUUCUUUUACGCGGUAUAAAUGCAGGUCAAGGACUUGUACAGACCUUGGCGUCUUGGAGAAGUUGCUAAUAGUUUUAGUCAAGGGUGUAUUCCACCAAUUACUACUACAGUUACAGUUCUUUGCUUUCAGUUUGUAGAUCUGUGAUUUUGCUUUAAUAAAGACAAGAGUAAGCAUUCUGUAGAUUUGAAUUGGUAGCACAAAUAGAGAUUGAGAAGCCUCCUGUAGGAAAUAUAUAAGAGCUGCUUCUCUUGUGGUUUACCUAGCGUUCAAGAUGGCUGGUGUGAAACGAAGAAUUCAUAAUGAUUCAGAUAUCCUUGCUAUGCAUAAAGAAUUGGAUGAAGUCUCCUGCCCUAUCUGCAUAGACCACCCACAUAAUGCUGUUCUUCUACUUUGCAGCUCUCACCACAAGGGUUGCAAACCUUAUAUAUGUGACACAAGCCAUAGACAUUCAAAUUGCUUUGACCAAUUCAAAAAAUUAAGAGAAGAAACUAGGAAGAGUCCACGCCUACCAAGUCCUUUACCUAUGAAUCCAUAUAGUUUUAGUAGUCCUCCUACGAACAACCUGGGUUUGGGCAUUGAUUUGAAUGAAGUUGAUGAAAACCAAAAUAUAAAUGAAAGAAACACUGCUGCAUCUCCUGGAUUAUCUGUUGUAGUUUUAGGGGAUAAUGGAACUGAAAAUUCUAAUAGAACUUUAGACACAACUGAGGGUGGAGAUUUGGACACUGCCGGUUCUGGGUUCCUAACUCAGAGGGCUGAGCAGGAAGGUCUGGAUGCUGGGAACUCAUCUGAGUACUCAAAUUUGAAGUGCCCCAUGUGCCGAGGAGCUGUGCUAGGCUGGGAAGUUAUAGAAGAAGCAAGAGAAUAUCUUAAUCUAAAGAAACGAAGUUGCUCCCGGGAGACUUGCUCAUUCUCUGGUAACUAUCAAGAACUGCGCAGGCAUGCGAGAAGAGUUCAUCCGACAUCGCGGCCUUCUGUGACAGACCCAUCUAGAGAACGGGCAUGGCGACGCUUGGAGCGCCAGAGAGAAGUGGGUGAUGUUGUCAGUGCUAUUCGCUCAGCCAUGCCUGGUGCCCUUGUGGUUGGCGACUAUGUCAUCGAAAAUGGAGAUGGUAUGGUGGCAGGUGAAAGAGACAAUGGCAACAGAGAUGUCAAUGGGCCAUUGCUGACUAGUUUCUUUCUGUUUCAUAUGUUUGGAUCGGUUGAUGGUGGUGCUCGAGAGCCAAGGCCACGUUCAAGGUCGUCUUGGGUGAGGCGUCGGCGCUCUGGAGGAGGAAUGAUCGUACCAGAGCGUCAAUUCCUUUGGGGUGAAAACCUUUUGGGAAUGCAAGAAGAUGCGGAUGAGGAUUUCCGAAUAUACAUCGGAAUGGGCGAUGAUGCAUCACCACCUACGAGAAGGCGACGUGUAACAAGGCCUGGAUCUGAUGCAGAUCAACCAUGAGAGGAGGAUCCUUCUUCUGUGGUAAACAUCUAUGACCUUGAGUUGAGGGAGAUUUGUUCCCAAUGGAGUGUGUUUGUUGUCGGUCUGAAUGCCUAAAAAGGUUCACUCUUAACCCCACAGGCAGGCAAUCAUAGCAUCAAACCAUGUUGUGGGGUCGUGGGGGAACAUCAAGAAUUCACUUGGCCAUCGUGUUGAUGCAAAAUACUGAGUCUGCAAUCCUUGCAUCAUUUUUAUUUGAAUUCAAGUUUAUUAUAUGAAUCAAAGUCUGUUUCUAAUCUUUGUAUAUAAUGGGAUUACGAUAUUUGAUUUGUUGAAUGGGUGUGAUGGUGGCUUUA